AGAAAUAAUGUUAUAUCCACUAUUGGAUGGUUCUGUAAGAUCUAAAUCUGCAGUAAUUUUCAGAAUUUCAUCUCCCAAUCUCAACUCAUCUGAAUAGAACUUAAAAGUUGUUAUCCGAAAUACUAAAUAUGUUAUUAAAACACUAGCCUCUGAUGAAUCCAGCUUUAUCCAUCCAGAUAUGGCAAAUUUCAAUCCUACUUAAUCAACCUCGAAAUUUAGUUGAGCGUCUCCAUCAAAG